AUGGCGUCACCGGCAGAUGCUGUUGGCUCCUGGCCACAGUUCAGAACCUAUCAUGCUAUCCAUAAAAAAGGCGGCAAAGUCACGACUGAGACUCUUACUGAUCCGUUUGGACUUCCACCUCACGCACAAGAAACCAGCAAGGACUCUUCCUAUGCUCUUGUCAUCAAUCGAAAAUUCGACAAGGACAACUCUGAACAACCCAAGAGUGUGACGCUGAAGGUGAACUCGCCUCAUCUCCUUCAGGCCUUUCACGAUGUCGUCGGUCCGAAGUACCCUACAGUUGCCUCAGACUUCAAGUCGCCAUUCGAACUGCAGAGUCCAUUUCAGAUGCUGGUGCAUUAUUGGAACGAGCUAGAAACAUAUCGGGAAGAGACGGACAGCCCAGAUAUGCGUGUUCACUUGGGCAUGCUUCUUCAAUUCAUGGAACACGAGCUUGGUGAAGAUCGUAAGGCACUGCUGGACAUGCUGAAGACGAAGCAGGUCACGUUUCUUACUGCAUGGGUUCUUUUCCGGCCAGGAAACCUCCUGUACACCAAGGUGCUUGACCACCCAUGGAUAUUGAUGUGCCACAAGACUGCCUAUGAGCAGAACUCAUCAGCUGGACCAUAUCUAGAGGUUCACUGCACCUACACAGACUACAACGGCGCCAUUGUUGGCGAGACUGCGCGCAAGAUCACUAUCUUCCAGAAGCAGCAGUUCGGGGGUGACAGCCCGGCGUUCAUAACCGAUCUUCCGAUCUAUCCCAGGAAAUACGUUGAUGCUGAGAGCCUUGAUGCCCGACUGGAAGACAGGGGCAGAAGAUUUCUUCAACACAAAGAAGUGUCCGUGGAAGCGUAUGAUGGCAUCGCUCAGUACUUGAAGGAGCCCCCUUACUCCUAUUACUCAGUCGACAUGGAUCGCUACCCAGAUCUUUGGCUUCCAUACACUGAGUCUGGGAGGGUCGUAGUCGACAGGAAGACCUUCCACCAUGAUCAUUACAAUAGUUCGGUAUCUGUCAAGAAGGUUGAUCACCCCGACCCUCUUACCUGCCCACCUUUUGUGUUCGGCUUCGCUCUCAGCCGAAAGGUCUGGUGCCACUUGUUUCUCGACCAUCUCAGCCCCAUCAAGUGGGUAGACAACGCCUGGAACUCGUUGAUAUUGGAAGAGGAUCAGAAAUUAGUCAUCCAGGCAUUGGUCGCUUCACAUGCAUACCCUGACAAUCCGCGAAAUCAGCCUGAGCAGAAGGGAAAAGGACUGGUUGUGCUACUCCACGGAACUCCUGGUUCUGGCAAGACCUUGACUGCGGAGCUAGCGGCGGAGGCAAAGCAAACAGCGCUCUUGCCAGCUUCUUUGGGAGAGUUGAACAAGGAGAAGAACGCAAUGAUGUUCGAGCGCGAGCUUCAGCGGCUGAUGCAGUAUGCCACCAUUUGGAAGGCUGUUCUGCUGCUCGAUGAAGCCGAUAUCUUUCUUGAGAAACGGGAAGACAACCCUGCCAACGCGAAUCGCAAUGCUCUCGUCGCGGUCUUUCUGAAGCAAUUGGAGUACUUCUCGGGCGUCGUCUUUCUAACUACAAACCGACUCCGCACGUUCGAUGCAGCCAUGAGCUCGCGCAUUCACUUGGCGCUUGGGUACAAGGCGCCAGACGCCGAGACGCGCCGACUUAUGUGGUUGCAGUGCCUUCAUAAAGUCCCGACAGAUGAGAUCGAGUUCAACGAUAUGGAUGAUGCCUCCGAGAACUUUGUAUCUCACCGCAUCAAUGGGCGCGAGAUUUCCAACGCUGUCAACACUGCUCGAACCAUAGCAAGAUUUGAGGGGAAGAAGUUGCAGGUCAGGCACAUUAACCAAGUCCUGGUGCUCAGAUCUAGCUUCCAAAGAGCGUUGCAGGCUGAAGGAACCAAGUUGACUGUGCAAUCUGGGAGUACGAAUCCUUUGAAAAGGACGGGGUCAAUUGUGGAUGAGCCAGACGAAUACACAUCGUGA